AAAAUCGAUUCGGGCUUUUAUACAAUUGUUGGCGCGGGCAUAUUUCGUUGUGUUGCAUUGGGUCAUCGAUUUCAAUCGCCAUUGUUGAGAGCUCUGAAGGAUAUCGCCAUAUCGCUCCACUACGAAUCUCGUUACUUCUUCUUAUUUUUGGGUUCAAUUUGAACUUCCAUUGCACGAUAGUUAAACUUCGACUACCAGAUUCAAUGGCUUCUAACCCUGGAUUAAACGAAGAGGCUGCUGGUAAUCCAUCAUCGCCUACUAGUGUUUACAAAGAUCCGGAUGACGGACGGCAGCGGUUCUUGCUCGAAUUGGAAUUUGUUCAAUGUCUUGCCAAUCCAACUUACAUUCAUUAUCUGGCUCAGAAUCGUUACCUCGAGGAUGAAGCUUUUAUUGGUUACUUGAAGUAUCUUCAAUACUGGCAACGCCCAGAGUAUAUUAAGUUUAUAAUGUAUCCUCAUUGUCUUUUUUUCCUUGAACUUCUACAAAAUUCAAAUUUCCGAAAUGCAAUGGCUCAUCCUGGCAACAAGGAAUUGGCACACAGGCAACAAUUUUACUUCUGGAAGAACUAUAGGAACAAUCGUUUGAAACACAUUUUACCACGACCUCUGCCUGAACCUGCAGCAUUACCACCCCCAGUUUCUGCUCCACCUCAAGCACCUGUGCCUGCCCCAGCCCCCGCGAUGGCAGCUUCACCAGCUGGUACACCCGCCCUUUCUCCAAUGCAGUAUGGUAUUCCUCCUGGUUCUGGACUUCCAAAGAACGACAUGAAGAGCGCAGGAAUUGAUCGACGAAAGAGAAAACACGAAAGAAGUAUGGGGUAGUUGGUUUCAUUAGUCAAAACUAGGGUGAAUGCUGGAGCAGCUCAUGAGGUAAAUCUGGAUACAGUGAAAAUUAAAGUUCAAAGAUGAUGGCUUUCAUAAACUUUCCAUGAGUUUUCCUUCACUUGGGGUCGUGCAAAAUAUCUCUCUUGCAAACUCAUGAACACAAGCGACAUGAGCUCGAUGUUUACGGGUUUGCGUAUGUUCAUGGAAGAAGCUCUACGUGGCAUUGGUAUAAAACCAUUCCUAAAGAAUCCUUAAAAAAGUUGCUUCAUCUAUAUGUUUGGUUAUUUUAGCCAUCUAUACUCUCUGGUAAGCAGUUCCUUCAUUAACAAUCCUUUUUAUCUCCCUAUAUUUACUACUUGGACAAUUUUCUGGUGUAGCAUGAAAUGCUAUGGUAAUAUGUGAUUAUGAUAUGUAGGAAUAUGUAUUGUAGUCAAGGUUAAUGUCCAUGUCGAAAAUGUGAUCCCAAUUUUAUGGAGAUGGUGGAAAUAUCGAUAAAAUGUCAAUGGGGAUGAAUAUUCAUUAAGAACAAUAAAAUUUUAAAAUAUUUAAUUCAGUAAACAAAUAUUUUAUGUUAUUCAAA